UAAAAUAAAAGUUAGGUAUGUAUAUGCAUUAAUCUUAUCAGAUACCUAUUGGUAAAUAAGCGUACAUAAUACGCUACUUUUCUCAAGGCUGUGCGUUUACCAACAUAUUUUCAGUUUGAAAUUAGCACUUCGAAUUCAGAGAGACUUUAGUGAAUUAUUUUCUACAAGCUUCAAGUUAUCAAGAAAUGCCGAUGAGAAAAUUUCGUAAGGUACUUCUCACGAGCCAGAAGGUUUUAAGGUAUUGCAAAUUCAAAAUGUCCACGAACUAUGAGAGUUGCGUAGCCAUGAUGCCGCCAGAAGCAACUCCAGUGAAACGGCACGUCUUGAACAGAAAAAAACGCCUCAGAUCUCUGAUAGCUUAUUGGAUUCUGGGGCUUUGCAACAACUAUGGAUACGUUGUAAUGUUGACAGCCGCUAAUGAUAUAAUAGAAAAACAAACGGGCACAGAGUCCAGUGAAAAUAAGGAUGUCACAGCGAGAAACUGCACUUAUUUAUCUACUGGUGCAAUUUUAUUAGCAGACGUCCUUCCAGGAUUGUUUGUUAAAAUACUCGCCCCGUUUUUGCCAUUUUUUGUACACACUAGAGUGGCGCUGUGUGCGAUAUUAACGGCCGCAGGAUUCUUGUGCGUGGCUUACAGCGAAAGCCUGAUAAUAUCCUUGCUGGGCGUCGUUAUUACAUCCCUUUGUUCGGGCCUGGGAGAGGUUACGUACAUGCAAUACAGCAGUUUCUACGAUAAAAAUGUGGUGUCAACGUGGAGCUCGGGCACAGGAGGCGCUGGGGUGAUAGGGGCCCUGUCCUACACGGUUCUGCAGCAGUUAGGGUUGAGAACGACCUUGCAGAUCCUGCUGGUAGUGCCUGUGAUUAUGGGUUUGUCGUUUUGGGUGCUGCUCCCGAGUCCUUCCGAAGAAGACAUUGCGCACGUUUUGCAAAUACAGAGAGUAGUGAAUGUACAGGAAUUGAAGAAUCCCAAAGAGGCUUUUAAGAAGAAGUUGAAGCUGAUACCCGGUCUUAUGAAAUACAUUUUGCCAUUUUUUCUAGUGUACCUUUUUGAAUACUUCAUCAACCAAGGCCUGUUCGAAUUGAUUCAGUUCAAGAAUUCAACGUUAAGCAUGUCGGACCAGUACAGAUGGUUCCAAGUAACGUAUCAAGUCGGCGUGUUCUUAUCGAGGUCCUCUGUAAACGUUUUCCACAUCAAACAAACUUGGUGGAUGACUUUGUUUCAGGGUAUCAAUGUCGUAAUAUUCACAACGGAAGCCAUAUAUUAUUACAUACCUAAUUUUUACAUAGUAGUUGUGUUAGUUCUGUGGGAAGGGUUGCUGGGCGGAUCGUCUUAUGUAAACACGUUUUAUAGGAUCUCGACAGAAGUUGAAGAAGAAAAUAAACAAUUUUCCUUGGGUAUAACAACGUUCGGAGACAGCGUUGGAAUCGCGUCGGCCGGUUUUCUGGCUAUUUUGGCUCAUAAUCAAAUAUGCAGCCUUCCAAUUCCGCAAUAAUAGUAUUAAUUUGUUGUAAGUUAGUUAGUUUUUUAAUUUUAAUAAACAAUUUUUAAAUUAUAGAAAGCUAUA